AUGAAUAUUUCCACCGUUUUACUUCGAUUAUUUCGACCCUUUAUUUACUUAUCUAUUAGUAUACGUUCUAGUUUGUCUAUACUCGCGAGCUAUGCUACUUCUCCAUUGGUUAUUGCAGCCAUAGCCACCCUGGUAAUCUUGAUCAUUUCUCACUUUUAUUGGAGUAGUAGUAGUAGUAGUGGUGAUGAUCAGCAGAAGAAGACUAACGGUAAUAUCGAUGAUGCCACCGGUCCAAAAGCUACAACCAGGCGUAGUAUGAUAGGAGGGAUUCCUGUAUUGCUUGAAAAAUUCAUGAAACCUCAAGCCAAGGAAGAUCUUAUCCAAAUAAAGAUUAAUAAACGAGUCGAUGAUGAUGGCGAACGAUGUGAAUGGAUUAACGCUGUCAUUCGAUGGUUUUAUUUACAAGGACCUGAUGUCAAUCAAUUGAUUCAAGUAUGGCUUGAUGCUUUAAAUUUAGAAUUAGCCAAAUUUAAUCAGAAUUAUGGAUCGGGAUUUAAAACGGUAGAUUGUAACAUUACUUCUACAAUCACACAUAAUAUAUCGUCAAGGAAUAUACUCACUCUUAAGGAAUUGACCUUUACAUUCUUAGCACGCUUUGUUCAAAUUUUUAAUCCAACUGAAUGGAUCAAAUGA